AUGGAACCACUGUGGAGACGAUUAUUUAAGUUGCUCAAAAUCCUCCUGCCGCAUAUGGAAGCCCGGUUAAAACCGCUACUCUACGAAUUAUCGAACACGCACGAGUAUGACGAUCGAUUCACGAAAGAGGGGCAGCUGUGGACAAACUAUCCGGAUGGGUUGAAGACACGGUGGUCUUUUUCCGCAGCAGUACUCUACGCGUUGACGGUGAUCACCUCGACUGGGUACGACCAUGUGACCCCUUCCACAGAUCCCGGCCGGAUAUUUACCGUAUUUUUCGGGUUACUCGGGAUUCCACUGAUGUUCAUCACCGCCGCCGAUAUCGGAAAAUUCCUGUCGGAGAUUGUGAUACGGUCCUACGCGAAGCUUCUCCAAAUCUGGGAAUGGGUCUCCAGUGUGAUAGAAGCCAUCCGGGACCACCUAUUUGCGUCUGAUGUCGAUUCGAUCGAUUCUGUACAGUUGAAAAAGAACCGACGGCGGCAAACGGACGAAGAGGGAAAUUCAGAAGACGAGGAUGAACGGUUACAACUUCCGAUCGCCUCCUAUUUCGCGCUGAUCAUCGGGUACUGUUGCAUCGGUAGUUUGCUGUUCAAUGCAUUUGAGAAGGGACCGAUAUGGUCGUUCGUCCAUGGUCUCUUCUUCUCUUUCAACACAAUUACGACAAUCGGCCUCGGGAAUAUCUACGUGAAGAGUCAUUGGUAUUUGGCGCUAGUCGUCGUGUACGUCAUCAUUGGUUUGGCUGUGAUUACGGCGUCCCUCGAUCUAUGCUCUUCCACGUUGAAGAGAACGUUCACUAAGCUCCACUACUUUGGACGAAAAAUCCGCGGAGCACGUGGUCGAUUCGCGCACAUGUCGGACGAUAUUCGGGAAGCGAUGCGAUUGAUAGCAGCCUUGAAGAAGACGAGAGCUUCAAAGGAUCGGAUAACACUCGAAGACCUCCGGCGAUUCUUGGAAGUCCAAGAACACCUUCGAAAAUCCCCAUUCGUGCCCCACAAUGUUCAUCUACUGCGAUGGAUCGAAGAUGCGUAUGCCCAAUAUAUGGACGAUUACUCACUGAAUGCACGGCCGCCAAUAUCCCCGCUCGCUCAUAAGAUGUCGUCAUCGGAUCCGAUGCUCUUUUUC